CUGCCACCUGUUUCCUCAUGAAUGUGUACCUGCGCCUCAAUCAACCUUUGAAAUUCGUCGUGCCGUGGCUCAAGUGAGCGGAUCGACACAUUUCCUCCAUCGUUCUGGCCUGGCUUUCGAUCAGGCGGCUGGGCGGUUAGUUUACGCAAAUUCGGUUCAAGGAACAAGCUCGGAGUGUGGAAGUUACGGAAGAGAAGGAGGCAGGGCGCGCUAAAAAAAAAAAAAAAGUGGACAAAUAGUGGGAGACGCCACGGGAACCUGUAGCCUAUAGGUACAAAAGUUUGUAGAGGCAGCGAGGUGAGGUGAGAAGGGAGGAGAUCGAAACAGAUCCGCCGGGGUCUCGAUUGAAACCUUAUCGCGGAUCGUCCUACAAAGCAGGUAUAUGUAUUAGUUGAAUCACCUGUGUGCUGAAUUUGGACAAAAGUGUAGAGACUACAGCGUUACACUAACUACAAUAGAGAGAGAGAAAGAGAUAGCGGAGAGCCACCUGGAGAAGUCAACAACAUGCCACGAGCAUUCCUGGUGAAAAAGCCCAAUGUUUCACCCGGCAAAAGAAGCUGGAGUGAUCUACCUGACCACGAACGAGGAGACAUUUACAUACCAGUGUCUGUGUCCACUCGAGCUCUGUGGGAUGAGACAGAGGCAAGUACAGCCGAGGUGGCCCUUUGUCUGUCCACACAUAAAGAACGCAACAGAUGUACACAGAAAUAUAUGCUAGAGCCAUGCACCUUGGUUUCUACAGCUGAACUUCCCUCCUGUACUGCUCUGGGACAGCAGCCCAGUCCUGAAACCGAGCGCAUCCGUAGUACACAGAGCAGCACAUAUGUCCGAUCCAAGAUCAAGGUGACUACAGGUGAACUCCCUGUCGAAGCUCCACUUACUAUUCUGAGCACAGCUGCUGAUCCUCCUGUCACUGUGCCAAACCCACGUCCCACAACUAGCACUGAAACGACAUCUGCACCUACAACAGGGGGAACCUAUGCAUGUCAGGUGUGCCAGAAAGUGUUUCAGUACCAACGCAUGCUCAACAGACACCUGAAGUGUCACAAUGAACAGAAACGGCAUCUGUGCAGUUUCUGCGGCAAGGGCUUCAAUGACACCUUCGAUCUCAAGAGGCAUGUGCGCACACACACAGGUGUUCGUCCGUAUAAAUGUAAUUUGUGUGAAAAGGCCUUUACCCAGCGCUGCUCUCUGGAGUCCCACAUGAAGAAGAUCCAUGGUGUGACGCAGCAGUAUGCCUACAAGGAACGACGCACCAAGCUCUAUGUCUGCGAGGAAUGUGGCCACACUGCUUCCACACAGGAUUCAUUGCUGCGCCAUCUCCAUACUCAGCAUCCAAACAGUGCCUUCUUGCGGGCCAAGGGGGCACGUAGACAUUCAGGGGGAGCAGGUGUUGUUGUACGGGAGGAAAACUCCCUGCCUGGCUCUCCUUUAUCUUUGAACAGUGAUGACACGACAGGAUCAGGAGGAAGGUAGAAAGAGUUGAGAUUGAUUGAGACAUAAAAUAAUAUUGUCAUAAUAGACAUCAUUCACAGUAUGUCAGCUGGAUCAAAUGCAAUGUUAUUUAAAAUAUGACAAGUGAUAAAUUAAAACUGGAAACUUAGCGAGUGAAUAAAGUGAAUGUCAAGUGAAAGACUUUGACAUAUUAGAAAAGCUGAUGAAUGGUCCCUGCAGUAAUCAUCAGUUUACACAUCCACUAUAUAUGAGGGCUGGCUCUUCUUUUUGAAAUCAGUGAACAGCUAAAUAAUGAUUAUGCACUAGUUUAGUUUACAUUAAAAAGUUGAAAAGAAAACUAUUUGAUGUAAAUAGUACUCCAUUUUUGCUCAGGGGUGAAACAAUAAAAAAAACUUUUCUAAAAUAUUGUUAUAUUAAAAUUGUUAUAUAUAAUGUCGUAUUUUGUUGCAAGGAAUUAUGGAAGCGGGAAUGGGAUGGUGUUUGGUCAGUAAUUACUGAUGUAAUAUAUUUUCUCAAAUGUAUGAAGAAAUGUGUAUUUAUCAAGGUGGUGUCUAGUUUUCUCUUGGUGGAGUUUGUCACAUAUUUCAGAUUUUAUAAAUUUAUAAGAACAUAUAAAUCUCUGUACAUAAUAUGAACAUUUUCUUAUUAAUUAGUAUCCUCAAGGGUAAGAUUUGAGUUUAAUAUGAAAUAUGUGCUCACUACAGCUACUGUCUAAGAUCCUAAGUGUACUAAUGGAGAUUUGUAUUCAGGCCUGAUAAUAGUUUAACUAGAGACACUAAAGUACUGUAUGAAAUUUUACUACAGAACUUUUUUUUAAGUAAAUGUGUUUCUGUGUAAAAUAAACAAUAAACUUUUAUUUUAUGUUAAACCUA